AUGGUUGCUAUUGUUACAUUAGUAUUUUCGAUUUGUUGGUUACCUAUAACAUUAUUUAUAGUUUCAUCAUACGUUUUUGAACGUAAAACAGCGUUGUUAUAUUAUUUCAAAGUUAUUGGAAAUUCAUUUGCAUAUUUAAAUUCAGCUGUUAAUCCAAUAAUAUAUGCAUUUUUAAAUCGAAGUUUUCGUAAUAAUUGUGGAAGUAUUCUUACUAAACCUACUUGUUCAUUAUUUUGUCGGAAGAAUUAUCAAAAACAAGAACAAAAUAAUAAUCAUCAAUUAACAAAUUUCUUUUCAACAGAUAGAAAAGAUGUUAUAAUUGAUAAUAAUAUUCAAUUAAUACCACAUAAUGAUUCAAAUGAUGAUUUUUCCGAUGGUGAAUACGAAGCAGUUGAACCAGAUUGUUCUGCUCGAUUAGUUGUCAAUAGACAAAGUCAUUUAAAUGAUUUCUGUGAUCAACAAUAUGGAGUGUUAUUAAUUCAUAAUGGAAUCAAUGAUGAUCGACCUUUUGUAACAAAUCUCUAA